UAGAUGGAGAAGAAGCACAGAAGAGGUGGAAAAACGCGAGAAAUAGGAGCGGCGGCGACGGCGAACGCGACAUCGACGGCGACGGGGGAGGUGGCGGAUGGAUGAGGCGGCGGAGCUGAGCCAGGUCGUCGGCCGCAUCCAGGAGCUUUGCGAACUUUACGCCUCGCCCCCACUUGACUGGCCUCGCCACCUCGAUCCCAGGUUGUAUAUAUUAGAGUUGAAUAACCUACUAGAAUAUGACUUCUUUGGUCUUUUGAUGGACGAUAAGUCUGGUAACAAGAUGGUUGAAAUGAUUGAAUCUCCAUCUUGCAAGAGGCAUAGAAGGGGAAAGAGCCCUGCAAAAGCAAUUGCAUCAAUUUCAGGUGGCUUGAUGGAUCAGCAAAUCUGGAAAGACUUUCCAGAAGAUCUUCUUGAAGCUGUGAUUGCAAGACUCCCUACCGAAUCAUUCUUCCGGUUCCGGACUGUGUGCAGAAAGUGGAACUCCUUGUUGUCUUCAUGCACCUUCUCCCAACAUCUCGCAGAAGUUUCAGUUUUACAACCUUGGUUCUAUUCAGUCACUCAUGAAAACAUAAGAAAGGGAGCCAUGUACAAUCCAUCUAUGAGAAAAUGGCAUCAUAUUUCCAUUCCAUUUCUGCCCGCAAAGCCAAAGACAGUACUUCUUCCAGUAGCAUCAGCUGGUGGUCUCAUUUGUUUCUUGGAUUUAUCACAUAAGAACUUCUACAUUAGCAAUCCUCUGACCAACUCAUUCAAAGAACUUCCACCAAGAUCUUACCGAGUAUGGUCACGAGUGGCUGUUGCGAUGAUUCUGAACGGGAAGACUGCCGGCAGUGGAUACAAGAUAAUGUGGCUCGGAUGCAACGGGGAUCAUGAGAUAUACGAUUCGAUUCAUCACAGUUGGAGUCACAGUGCAGGUUUUCCUCCAAACAUCAGGCUUCCACUCUCUUUGAAUUUUAGGUCACAAACAGUGUCAGUUGGCAGAACCAUCUACUUUAUGCAUGCUGAACCCGACGGCAUCUUGUUGUAUGACGUAACAACUGGUAUUUGGAAGCAGUACCUCAUCCCCUCUCCACGGCAUCUUACUGACCAUAUGCUGUCAGAGCAUGAAGGUCAGAUUUUGCUUGUAGGUUUGGUGACCAAGAAUGCCGCCACAUGCGUCUACAUAUGGGAGAUGCAGAAGAUGACUCUCCUGUGGAAGGAGGUGGACAGAAUGCCAAACAUCUGGUGCUUGGAGCUCUACGGCAAGCACGUAAGGAUGACAUGCCUGGGCAACCAUGGCUUGCUCAUGCUUUCUUUGAGGUCGAAACGGAUGAACCGUCUGGUUAUGUACAAUUUGUCUACAAAGGAAUGGCAGAGAGUGCCAGAAUGCACGCAGCCGCACAGCAGGAAGAGACAGACAAUUGCUUGUGGGACUGCGUUUCGUCCGUGCCCCACUGCACUUGCUUGAGCGACAAUUGGUGUGUUACAGUGACCGGCGGCGCCCUUUGAUCGUUUUGUAGAGAGGUAUCCUUGUGUUUAGAUAUGAGAAGCACCAAAAUAGCUUCAAUGUCAUGAUAGGUAAAAAAAACUUGGUGCUUUGUGUUAUGGUUCUUUGUAUUUGCUUUAGCAUAAAGUUCUUUUGAAAGUGAAACGUCAUGCCUUGUUGAGGCUCAGUUUAAAGGCAAUGGUUAUCUGAGAGUAUAUUUUUAUGUUGA